AAGCCCUUAAACAAAAGUGAUGUGUUGUACUGGGCAAAAUCUCUCCUUAACUUCACUUACAAGUACAUUGAUUACUGUAUCAAUGCUGCACCAAGUCCUUCAUCUUUUCAAAUACCCCAUGUGCACUUCAUGGAAGCAGGAAUUGCUUUGGCAUUUUCUCAUCACUCAUUGAAUACUCAGGGGACUUCUAAUCAAGCUCCCAUAGCAGACAUCAAGGCAGGGACAUUUUCGGCAGUGUAUCUCCUUGAGGAGCCAAUGAUGUUUGAUGCUAAUCAGACAUUCACAAAAUUUAUCCACAACAAGGACUGUGAACCAUCACUUGAUGAUAAUGAAUAUGGCUAUGACCUAGCCGUCUUUCUUGCUUUCACUCAGUACAUUCAGUAUGCAAAGACAGAAGGUUUAGCCUUUGUUUCUGAUUAUCAAGGCAGCACCGAGCUUCUAACUGAUCCUCAAAUUUUGACCCACUGUGAUGAAAAUGAUAUUUUUGGUGAUGGAAACAUCACAAGCAUGAUAGAUGACUUUGAGACAAAGUAUGUUUGUAAUUAUUACUGCAAGUGGCCAGGAUUCGGAUUGGAGGUAUAUGCUUAG